AUGAGAUCUCUUCAGACCAACACGCUCAGUAUGACUCAAAGCAGUUACACAGCACAACAUCCCGAGAGCUGUUGUGAAGCAGUUAGGCUUUGCUGUGUUAUCUUGGUGGAGAGAGAGAUUCUGGAGAAUGCUCGAACCGUGACAUGGGACAUGCUCAUUCAACAGAGUCCUCUUCUGCAGACUAAUCUCAACAACGGAGUGGAGCUACUGCCAGAGAAGACAAUCUUUUUAAAACUCUUGGAAACAAGCGGCUUUUCUCAUGACCUUGACCAUCUAGAAACCCUUAUCGCGAAUGAGACAGAGGCCGAUCUUGUGUUCCAAAUCGUUAAGCCUCAGGGAGUAAGAAAUGGUCUUGUCACCGGUAAUGCAGCAGCUAAGGAAAUGAUCUGCUCAAAUAAGAGAACUCGUUGCUUGGCAAACACAAUAGACUUCAUGAAACUCAAAUCUUUCAAAGCCACGAUGAUCAAACUAUCAGAAACAGAGCAUCCUCUUAUUAACGUA